GCGACAGAUUUAAGACCUGGCGGGAAUCCGGAAAGGCUGUUCUUUUCUCUGUAUGUCUCUGACGGAAACUUAACUUUUGCGAUUGCCUUAGAUCAGUCUACUGCCUAACCCUAAAUAUGGUUCGUACAAAGGCUGAUGCUGUGCCUGGGACGUACAGAAAGGCUGUGGCCGCCACCGCACCUCGAAAAUCGCUUGGAGCCUCCAGCUCCGCCAAUGCAUCCAGUAGCAAUCAAGCAAGCGCUGCUGCCAAAGCCGGUAAGUAUGCCGGUGGUAAUCCUGUGUGUGCCAGACCGACACCGACAUGGCAGAAAGGCAUCGGGGAUUUUUUUGGCGGACCCGGCAGGAAGCCAGACCCAGAGGAGCCAGAGAAGGAGAACGAGCUGCCGGUGUUGGAGGAGGAAGCCGGUAGCAGCAAGGCGGCACCUAGGAGAUCAAGACCACUGUCGGAUGAUGAAGACGAUGAAUGAAGUGUGUGCUCCUUUUUUUUAAACAAUUUUAGUUGAUUUGGAUUAAAAUGUUGUCUGUAUAUUUUUGUACAUAGUUUCUGUACCAAUAAAUGAAAUGCCGCUU